CUCUUAUCAGAACGCGCGCUGUUUGACCCCACCCCUCUCGUGCUGCAACGAGCGCGUGCGGUGCAAUUUGAACAACAUCUGCGGCACGCGACCGUGCGACACCCUCACGCGGAGAGAAAUCUGGCAUUGAAGGAUAAAAGCGCAAAUGGAUGGACGCACAGGAAAACAUGAGACGGGAAAUACUGCUGUCAUCAUCGUUGAGAACGAAGCUGAGAGCAUGCCAGUACAAGAGGAAAAGUCCGGUGCAACCGGCCAAAAUUACCUGGACACUUGCCCCGUUUGCCGUCUAAACUUUCACAGCCGAGAGCCCAAACUUCUGCCCUGUCUGCACUCUUUUUGCAAGAAAUGUUUGCCUUCACCCUCGAGGAAUUUGGCCACGACAGAGCCGCCAAACUCCCAGGUUGACAGCGCGACCAAACCACUGAAUGUGAUCCGCUGUCCGGUGUGCAGGCAGGAGUGUAUGGAGGUAGAUGUAAUGGAAAACGUCUUUGUGAAGGACUCAGUUGAGGCUCCCAGCAGCACAGUGGAGAGGACAGUCCAGCUCUGUAUGACCUGUGAUGACAACACUGAAGCUGCUGGGUUUUGUGUGGAGUGUGUUGAGUACCUCUGUGCCACCUGUGUGGAGGCCCACCAAAGAGUCAAAUUCACCAAAGACCACACCAUCAGACAGAAGGCAGAAGUAUCACAUGAGGUCCAAGGUGUGUCGACUCAGAGGCCGAUGUUCUGUGACAUCCACAAACAAGAGGCACUGAAGCUGUUCUGUGAGACCUGUGACCUGCUAACCUGUCGUGACUGCCAACUAGUCAAGCACAAGGACCACAAUUACCAGUUCCUGGAAGAUGCUUAUAAAAACCACAAACAGCACAUGGAGAGCAUGACCCAUCAGCUGCAGGAGAAAAGGAAACUGAUUGAAGAGGUGUCAAACUCCAUAAACAAUGGACUUCUUCAGGUUGAUCAGAACCGAAUGUCUGUUCAUAAUGAAAUAAAGAAAUCCAUCUGCAGUUUGAUUCUCGAGAUAAACAAGAAGGGCAAGAUGCUAGUUAAUCAACUUGAGGCUGUAACAAAGGAUCAUGAGAGUGUCUUACGAAAACAACAGGAGGAUAUCGGCUAUUUAUCCAGACACCUGGAUCAUGUCAUCAACUUCACCAAAUGGGCCACAGCCAGGAAUGGGGGCACGGCCCUCUUGUACUGUAAACGUUUGAUUCUGUUUCAGAUUGGAAACCUCCUGCGGGCAAAAUGUAGUACCUCGUUUAUACCACAGAGCACUGCACGCUUCCAGUGUCGAUCCUCUUAUUGGGCCUCAAAUGUUGAUCUGGGCUCUGUAGUGGUGGAGAGUGUACCAGGCCACCAGCUGGGUGGUUUUCAGGGUAUCCCUCAUCAGCUCUCCCACCCUGGGCAGGGCCCCUCAGGCUCGCCCCACAGCUUUGCACUGGGAGCACCCAAUAAUACUCUGGCUCAGCUCCAGAUGCAGGUGGAAAAGCUAAACCCGCAGGCCCACUGGCAGCCCCAGCCACCUCCUCCACCCUGGACAUUGUACCAGAGUGUCCGACUACAGCGAACCGUACCAGGGCCCCUGCAAGGAGACUCUCCCUCCCACAGUAUGCCUCCCCAACCAGGCCGCAGGUUUAUGGUGCCUCCUCCCAACCACGUCAGCCCAACUAGCAGCCUACCGAGUCCUGGGUUUACACCCCAGCCUCUGAGGGGGAUGGGAAGCAUCUCCAGCUACCAACCCAAACCUAUGGAUGUAUUUUCCUCUUCACCUAUGUACACCCAUAUAACACCGCUGCCCAUCAGUGGUGGCAUCGGUUCACCUCACUCACGACAGACGAUUGAGCCCACGUAUCUGAAUAGGAGGAACGAUUCAGGUGGUCCUAUAUAUAUGCUGAAACCAAACUAUCCCCAGAGCCUGCCACCUUCUUUGCCACACAGAAAUGUGCAAGGACAGCAGAAUUCACCAGGGUACGCUGCUGUAUCCCAGGAGGAGAAAACAGGUACUGUUUCCUGGAAACCUCCAGAAACACAACAGGCUAGUGGAGCAGUGGGCUCAGCUGUCAAGAAAAGACGAAGGUCGUCCCCAGGGCCCAUAAUAGUCAUCAAAGAUGAGCCAGAUGAUGACAGUAGCUACGUACAAACCACCCAAAGAGCUAGCCUCCCUGACAGCACAGGUGACCAACCCCAAAUCAGUACCCAAGUCCCAACUCUUCAAAGCACAGAUGACAAACCCUAUAGCCCGUCACAGCCUCCAAGCAGCCCACGGGACCAGAGUAAGACUAAUGCUCCAAGUCACAUCUGUUCACUGGAAGGAGAACAGCAGGUAGACCAGCACCAAGCGCCGCUGGAAGACUCUAAUGAAGCCUUGUGUGCUGUGUGUCAGACUGGGGGAGAGCUGCUAUGCUGCGAUAAGUGUCCCAAGGUUUUUCACCUUUCGUGCCAUGUUCCAACUCUCCUCAAAUCUCCCAGUGGGAAAUGGUUUUGCUCUUUCUGCCGUGACUUGUCAGUGCCUGAGAUGGAGUAUGAAAGCAAACCUGAAGCCAAAACAAUAAAGAAGGAUCCAGAUUCUGAAGGAGGAUUUCCCCCUGUGGACAAACGAAAGUGUGAGAGGCUGUUGCUGCACUUGUUUUGCAGUGACCUGAGUUCAGACUUUCAAGAUCCUGUAUCCCCCUCGGUAUGUGUUAAUAGCAGGCUGACUAUAAAGGGACCAAUGUAUCUUUCCCCUGUGAAAAAACGACUGGAGGCUAAGGAGAGUCUGUGCUACCAAAGCCCUGCAGAGUUUGUAUCAGACAUCAGGCUCGUCUUUAGGAACUGUGCAGUCCUCAGUGAGGCUGACAACGAGGUCACCAUGGCGGGCAGGAAGCUUCAGGAGCUGUUUGAAGAGCACCUGAGGAUCGUCUUCCCUGACCAGACCUUUCCACAAAUCAAACUGGAGAUGAUACCUACCGCCCCUCCUGACUCUCAACUCUCAUCUCUUGACAAUAUAUCCCAGCCUGCAAAGCGCCAGCGCACAUGUUCAGACUCCCAGGAUACACCAAGCUGUCCCAGUGGAGAGGAGGGAGUACUACGAAAGCACAAAUCUUCUUAAUCGUUUGGAUAUUUAUGAUACACAAUUACCUUCAGGUCACCAAAAAUGUUUUAUAUGUUUAUUGAUUAAAUUGUAUUGCAAGCAAACAACUAUGAUACAGGGCACCAAAUUAGUUAUAUUUUCUGCAUUAAACUGCAUUACAGCUGCUGCAUUUACUCUGAAUCUGAAGAAAUAGCUUCUAUUUUUAACUAAAGCUUGAAGAUUAAGACUGGGAUUCAUGCACACAUACAUACGGCACAUUUAGGCGUUAACAGGGUAAAGCUGACUGGCUAUUAUGGUAACCAGUCUUUUGUUUCAGUUAAGAUAUCAAUUCAAGUUAUCAGUUUGCUCAGGUGAUAGUCUGCUCACAGUAGAUACAUUGGUUCAUCGACACUGAGCUAAUGACGGUGUGGUCAGGUCUGGUGGGUUAUUCCUGUUUAGCUCUCCAUGUGUAAAUAUAGCAGUGAUCAGAGGAAGGAUGAUAAUCAUUAACUUUGAUGUUUGUGGUCUAUCUUAUGUGGAAUAAGAUGCGUUAUGAGGCCCCUCGAGGGCAGUAAAAUGAAAACAUCAAAGGAAUCAAAGCUGUUUGAUAAAAGGCUGUUUAAAAUGUUCACAUCAUUACACAAUAUUUCUGCUUGGUCUAAUUUGUCAGGCUUUUUUUUAACACAGUGCAGAAUAGAUUUAAUGUUGUAACGGUAAAUGUCAUGUGUAAUUAUAUUUAUUUAUUUAUGUUUAUUUUAAAAAAGAUUUUCAGAUUUCAUUGUGAAGAGCUAAGCACAGUGCAAAUGUUAUGUUUUUCUAAGAUAAUUUAAAUUCAGAAACAUUUCUUCUACACACUCACCAUUGUAAACUGUUUAGCCAUAAACCUGCUCGCAUGAAACUCAACUUGCAGGUGUUUACAGGGUACAAUAAAAUAUGAUAGCUUGAUUCAGA